UAGAAGUGGGGUCACAUAACAUUUCUUUGGUUACAGACAAACUGGAUUCACACCCACUUCUCCUCACUUAAAUAUCUCAGCCUGAACUGCAUUUUCUUUUAACUCAGCUCCAAUUAAGCAUUUCUGGCUCUAAACAUGAGGCAAGGAGUUGUUUGGGCAGCUUUUUGUUUGUGGGCUUUGAUAUGUCCUCUUCUUCCUGUUUACUCCCAUGGCUUGGUGAGAAUUGGUCUGAAGAAGCGGCCCCUGGACUUCAAUAAUAUGAGAACUGCCAGAAUAGCACAAAUGCAAGGAAAAAUUGGUGGUGGUGUAAUGAGCAAGUAUCAUGGUUUUGAUGAUCCAGAUGGAGAGUUUGUGUCACUGAAGAACUAUUUGGAUGCUCAAUACUUUGGGGAGAUUGGUAUUGGAACACCACCCCAGAACUUCACUGUUGUAUUUGAUACUGGCAGCUCCAACCUCUGGGUCCCCUCGUCCAAAUGUUAUUUUUCUAUUGCUUGCUUUUUCCAUAACAAAUACAAGGCAAGGCUGUCGAGUACAUAUACUAAGAUUGGAAGACCUGGUGAAAUACAUUAUGGAUCUGGAUCAAUUUCUGGUUUCUUCAGUCAAGAUAAUGUUGAAGUUGGGAGCCUUGUUGUUAAAGAUCAAGUUUUCAUUGAGGCAACACGAGAGGGAAGUCUCACAUUUGCACUGGCAAAGUUCGAUGGGAUUAUGGGGCUCGGUUUUCAGGGAAUUUCUGUUGGGAAUGCUACCCCAGUUUGGUCCACUAUGCUUCAGCAAGGCCUUUUGCAUGAAGAGCUCUUCUCUUUCUGGCUCAAUCGGAAUCCAAAUGCCAAUGAGGGAGGUGAGAUUGUUUUUGGUGGUGUUGAUAAAAGACACUUUAGGGGGAAGCAUACUUUUGUUCCAGUCACUCAAGCGGGUUACUGGCAGUUCCGAAUGGGCGAUUUCCUUAUUUCAAACCAAACAACAGGUGUUUGUGAGGGAGGUUGUUCAGCAAUUGUAGAUUCAGGAACAUCCUUAAUUGCUGGUCCAACGCUUGUUGUGACUCAAAUCAACCAUGCCAUUGGAGCAGAAGGGAUUGUGAGCAUGGAAUGCAAAGAAGUCGUUUCUCAGUAUGGAAACAUGAUGUGGGAUCUUUUAGUAUCAGGGGUACUACCCAGCAAAGUAUGUUCGCAGAUUGGUUUAUGCAUGGCCAGCCCUGGUAUCAGGACAGUGGUUGAAAAAGAGAAGAUGGAGUCUGUUGAGGAAGUUGGGGAUGUUGUUUUCUGCAAUGCUUGUGAGAUGAUUGCUGUCUGGAUCCAGAGCCAGCUGAAACAAAUGAAAACAAAGGAUAAAGUGCUCCGCUAUGUGACUGAGCUGUGUGGGAGUCUACCAAGUCCAAUGGGAGAAUCGGUGAUUGACUGUACUUCAGUUGCAAACAUGCCAAAUAUUACAUUCAUCAUUGGCGAUAAAGCUUUCGACCUCACUCCAGACCAGUAUAUUCUAAGAACUGGAGAUGGCUCGGCCACCGUCUGUCUCAGUGGAUUUACUGCUUUGGAUGUGCCUCCUCCCAAGGGUCCUCUCUGGAUACUUGGAGAGAUAUUCAUGGGGGUUUAUCACACUGUAUUUGAUUUUGGGGAUCUAAGAAUUGGUUUUGCUGAAGCUGCUUAGCAACUUAGAAUCUGCAACCGCUUGCUUCUUUUUUUUUUUUGUAUUUUUUUUUUCUAAUGUAGUUGUGAAGCAAUCGAAUGAUGGAACGAGCUUGUUGGUGAUUGGUGAUGGGUUAUGCAUAAUAGCGAGUAUUGAUAUUUGGAAGUUCAUAAAAAUGAAUGUAUAUGUGUGCAAGCGCAUGCGCGCCUCCUGGGUUUUGAAUUUGAAAUACAUAUAGUCCACUGCUUUAAUUUUA